UAUAUAUAUAUAUAUAGAGAGAGAGAGAGAGAGAGAGAGAGAGAAAAGCUGAGUUGAGUGAGAAAUGGAGCUGAGUAUUCAGGAGAUGGUUAAAAAACAUGUUGAUGGAAUUCCAAAGUGCUAUCUUGUGGUUCCAGAACCUGCGGUUGAGGGAAAAUCUCUUCCGGCAAUCCCCGUCCUCGACAUGAAAACUUUGCUUGCUCAAGAAACUAGAAAUUCCCAGCUUCACAACUUGGACGCCACAUGCAAAGACUGGGGCAUAUUUCAGCUGGUGAACCACGGCGUGGAGACGUUGGUGGAGAAACUCAAGUACGAGAUUCAUGAAUUUUACAAGCUUCCUUUGGAAGAGAGGUUGAAGUUCAAGAUUCGGCCUGGAGAUAUUGAGGGUUAUGGUCAAACUGCUAUUCUCACUGCCGAUCAAAAAGUUGACUGGGCUGACAGAUUUUACAUGUUUACUAAUCCCAUUCACAUAAGAAAACCUCAUCUUUUCCCAGAGCUCCCUUCAUCCCUCAGAGAAACCCUAGAAGCUUACAUACAUGAGCUACAAAAACUGUCGAGGGCUUUAUUUGAAUUGAUUGCGGAAGCACUUAAGAUCGAGAGGACAGAAAUAGAAGAAAUGUUCGAAGAUGGGAUGCAAUCAAUAAGGAUGAAUUACUACCCGCCAUGCCCGGAACCCAACAAGGUAAAUGGGCUGACGCCCCACUCCGACGCCACCGGAAUCACCAUCCUCCUCCAAGUCAAUGGAGUCGACGGCUUCCAAGUCAAGAAAGAUGGAGUGUGGUUGCCUGUCAGCCCUCUCCCACAUGCCUUUGUUGUUAAUAUAGGAGACGUCACUGAGAUAUUAAGCAAUGGAUUGUAUAAGAGCAUUGAGCACAGGGUAACAGUGAAUUCAGAGAAAGAGAGGAUCACGAUUGCAAUGUUCUUCAACACCAAACUGAAAGCAGAAAUAGGGCCACUGCCAUCCCUCUUACUCAAACAACCCCCACUCUACAAGAGCAUGACGGCGGAGCACUACGUCAAAGAUUUCUUCUCCCGGAAGCUCAAUGGCAAAUCAUUCCUCAACUACAUGAAAAUUUAA